GCCACACACAAAAAUCCCAGAACCCAAAACCCCCCAGCUUCCAAAACUCCUUAGAAUCCCAAACUAUGAGUUCCAUGGAGCUUGAAGCUAUGGAGGCAUGUGAUUCAGAUAAUACCCAAAUGUCGGAGCAGUCUUUGAUGACGAUUACUGAAUUAUAUGUUCUCCAAAACCAGAAUGGUAGAAGCAGAGGAGAACCGGAGCUGCAGAAAAAGGUGAACAAGCUGAGAUCAAUCAAGCUUGCAAAAUCGCCGUCAAGAAGAAGAUCCAAGUACAGAUCCAAUGAUGCAACUGCAGAUAUUCCACAGAACUCAGGUAGAGUAUUGAUAAGGAGGUCUAGUUUUAAGCCUGUUAACAAUUUAACAAGAAUGUCGAGUGUGAAAUUCAAGAACUCUUUGGUGAGGAAAAGCUCUGGAGAAACCCAACUGAAUAAGCAUAGAUCAUCAUCAUCACCGAACUUUUUGAAGGAGACUUGCUGCUCUAGUGAGAAAAGGACCCAGAUUCAGUGUAGUCCCCGCUGCUCUUCGGAAUCGAGUUAUUGCAGCACUAGUAAUUCAACCCCCAACUCUGCUCACAAGUCAGCAAGACUGUCUAGAACAAAAUCCAAGGCUCGUGUGAUUCGGAAACAUUCUGAAAUCUCUGAAUUUCCAGAGUUGGGGGUGCAAAGAGCUACAUGCUCUUCAGCUCUCAAGCAUUCCAAGUCCCCUCCAGAGGCGAAGGAUGUUCAUGCAGAAGGAAGUGAAUCCGAAGGAACUUCAGCUACCAAGCCUUGUCCAUUCACUUAUUGUUCUCUUCAUGGCCAUCGCCACGCUAAUGUACCUCCACUCAAGAGCCUCAUUUCAAUAAGGAGGCGCUUAUUGAAGACUCAGAGGGGAACAAAACUGGCAACUCGAUCCACAGUUAAAGCAAAAAAGUCUGGCAAACUUAAGGAAGAUGGGAUGAAUAAAAUGGUCAGCAAUGGACAUGCUGAAGUUCAUGGAACAACCUCUCCUGUGGUAGAGAAAUUGGGCCCCGAAGAGACUUUACAAGUCCAUGAUGACACUUGCAGCAAAGAAGAUGAAGACAACUACGAUCUUUCCGAUGAUUCUGGGAAGCUGUUUCGUGAAACUUUGGAGGAGAGUCUGCAGGAAACAACUGAUUUUGCCACAGUAGAACACCAUGCUUUGGUGUCACCUACAUCACUUGGUGAUUUAUGUCUGGAAGGUUGCAUUGAACCAGUUUCUGAAGUCACCAACACAGACCUAAAAGAAGAGAAAUGUGCAGCAUCUUGUCACAAUGAAUGUAUUGAUUUCACUUGCACUGAUAAAUCGAACAGCAGCAGACCUAAAUCAAUUCCAGAAAAUGUUGAAUCUGAUGAUUGCACUAAUGAUCUUGUUGUGGAAUCAACAAGUGACAAUGAAAGCCAUGAAAAGAAUUGUGCUUUGGGUUGUGAGGCACCAGGGGAACAAACAAUAGCCAUUGAGCAAAACGAUGGUAGUUUGGUGACAGACAAAGUUGGUAGUCUGGAGUUGGACAAAAAUGAAAGUGUGGAGUGUAGUAUGCAGUCAAAAAAUCACAAGUAUAUCACUAUGUGGAAAUUAAUGUACAAACAUGCAGUAAAGGGUAACCCAGAAGCUGUUGAAAACCCUGUCCCUCUUCAUGGGGAAGACAAAGAAGAUCAAGUGGAAGGUACCACUGGCGUGCUUAUAACCAACAAUCCAUCUUUUCCUGAAACAGAUGAGCAUACAGUUCCGAAAAAUCACAGUGGAGGAGACCAAACACUUGAGCUCUGUCAGCAAAAUGCAAUUGAUCUAGUCCAGGAAGCAUUUGACAAAAUUCUUCUCCCAGAAGUUCAGGGCAGCUUAUAUGAUGAUCAAUCAGUUACUAGUGGCAUAAGCUCAGACCAAGAUGGAUUGCAGCGGAGGAUUGAUGAAGGAGAGGAGCAUAUAACCUUAACUUAUGGUGAUUCUUCAGAUGUCAGAAUCGUACAAAAUACAGAAGAAGCACAGUUAGAAGCUGAAAGGAGCAAUGCUACAAAAGAGAAAGCAGUGGAAGUAGUGGAAGACAAGUUUGAACAGAACACACGCAAGCGCUGGAGCAGUCUGAAAAAGUUCAUUCUUCUCAAGAGAUUUGUCAAGGCAAUUGAAAAGGUAAGGAACCUCAGUUACCAGAAACCAGAUUUCCUACCCGUAGAUCCUGACCCAGAGGCAGAAAAAAUUAAUCUAUGUCGGCUGGAAGUUAAACACAGUAAGAGUGCUGAUGAAUGGAUGCUUGAUUACGCACUUCAAAAGGUGAUAUCUAAGCUGUCUCCACCUCAACAAAGAAGAGUGGCAUUACUUGUAGAAGCUUUUGAAACUGUUCUCCCUUUCCCUGAUAUUAGAACUCACCCGAGGUCCAAAGCAAUAGGUUCGACUGAAGCAGAUCUUCAAGCCUGCAAUGGCUUGUCCAUUCAAAAUGCUGAUGAAACUGUUAAAGAGUGUGAUUCUGGGAAUUCUGCCAAAAUCUUGCUCGGCUGUAUGUCAUGUCCCGAAGAAUAUUCAAGUAAGUGUACAGAUAAGUUCAUUGAUGUUGAACUGGAUGAACAGCCAAGUCCAGUGAGAUCUUCUAUGCUCAAAGAAUCAAGUGCAGAAGACUGGUCCACUAAAACAGAAGUCGAUAUACCUGCUUCUGGAGCCACAGUUGACGACCAGCAAGAGACACAUUCCAUCAAGACUUGUAACGAGGAGGACACAGUCUUUACCAAUACCGAUGAUACAGAGUUUCCCAGUGUUUCCUUAUCAGAAAGUAAAGGUCCCCAAUUCUGUAUAGAAACCUGCUUGAAGCAAGAAGAAGAUGGUAGCACCGGUUAUGAAGUUCUCGAAAAUGAAACAGUUCAAGAGAUCCCCACAGAACAUAUUUCUGUCAGUAGUUUGGAUCGUGUAUAUAUGAAUCCUGAUGUGGAAAGCAGUAAUGGAGAGACAGGUAAACUAACCACCAACUGCAAUGGUGCAGAAUCAGAUUUGUCUGAGGACAUGGUGGUCUCUCUAGCCCGAAGAACUAAGACAGCAAGAGAAGGAUCAAAUGGAAAUUCUGGAUGCUUUCAAGGAUCGCCUCCACCUGAAGAAUCUCAUUCGGAAAGCAAUAUUGAUGCAACAUAUGUUACUCAGUUGGAAAAACAGAACUACACAAGGCUAUGGUACUUUGUGUAUAAGCACAUGGUAUCAAGCAUUGCUGAAAAAGAUGGAGAUGAACCACCUGAUGGAGCAGAUGAGGAACAAGGAAAUGAUAAAACGUUGCCCCAAGCAGAGAUGGAUCCAAAGCUGAGCGUGACGAAUCAGCAGGCAGUCAACAAAAAUAAUGAACUCCGCCAUAUUGAAACUAUCAAGCUGGUGGAGAAAGCGAUUGAUGAAAUCCUUCUUCCAGAAACCCAUGACGAAUCAGAAGACGAUUUAGCAAAAACUAGGGACUUAAUUCCAGACCAGGAACCACCAGAAAAUAAUAUUGGCAUAGAAAGAAAAUGUUUCACAACUUUUUCCAACUUCGCCAAAGAUAGCUUCAGAGAAUCAAAGAAGAAAGCAGGGGAAGAUCCAGAAGAAAUAUUGCUCACAUCUGAUAAUGCUGUCAUUAAGGAUGAAGAAAAGGAAGUGCUGAUGGUAGAAGAAAAACCUAAACAGAAGAUGUCAAAGAACUGGAGAAAUCUGAAGAAAAUGAUUAUGCUUAAUAGGUUUAUCAAGGCAUUGGAGAAAGGAAAGAAGUCCAACUCACGAGAGCCAAAAUAUCUGCUCUUGGAGCCUGACCCUGAAGCAGAAAAAGUUAAUUUAAAGCAUCAAAACAUGGACGAGAGGAAGAAUGCUGAGGAGUGGAUGCUUGAUUAUGCUCUUCAAAAGGCUGUUGCUAAGUUAACUCCUGCUCGGAGUAGAAAAGUAGCACUUCUUGUUGAGGCUUUUGAAACAGUUAUUCCAAAUAAGGGAAUUCCGAACCCAUUCAAGCCAGAAGUCAUUCGCUGAGAUGUGAUGUGAAUACAUGUGUUGGAAGAUACGAAUAGGAAAGACAUACCGAGAAGUGAGCAGAUGUUCUUCCAACUAUCAUCCAACAUGGGAAGAGUGUGUCCUAAUUUCUGGCUUUUAUCUG